AUGGGAGCCGCCCACGGUUCCCCAACCUCCCCACCGCCGUUCAUCCUCUCUCUUCUCUUCCCUCGCGCCUGGUUCUCAUUUCUGCAAGUAUCUUUGAUUGGGCGACAGCACGAACUUCAAUGGAAGAAGAAAUGUCCGACGAACCUUCUCCCCGUGCCGUCUUUGCCGUCUGCGGGAAGAAGAAGUGGCGCCGUGAGGGCACAGGCCUUCUUCAACCCCUUGGACGACCCUAUCUUCAAGGAAGCUCUCAAGGUACUAAAACAACCGCCCUUCCCUUUUUUAUAUCUCUUUAUUUCUUAUUAUCACGUUAUUUCCUUCGAAUCCCUGCGUCUUCGGUUGACCCAGAAAGGAUCGCAUGCCUCCCCGUAGGAAACUUUGAUUAUCCAUCAUAUUUUUCAUUAAAUUGCGUAAACCCAAAGUUCAUCUGUGUGGAGUGCCCAUCUGAUUACACUGAUCAUGUGCCUUGCUCAGCUCCUCUAGAGGAGUAGCAUGACUUCAAGGGGGUGGGCAAUCCAAUUAGAAAACUUUACUAUUUCAUUAAACAUUUUCUUAAAUCUUGUCAAACCCGAAAGUAAUCAGUAUCAUUAAUUUCUCUGGAAUGAAAUGAUGAUUUCCCCAUCGUACACUGUUCAAUCAGAGUACUGCACUUCUUCUGUUCGCUAAUCUUCCCCAUAGAACACUCUCAUAUCAGUUGGGAUCAGAAUCAUCGAAUCUUUCAUUGCAUCUGCCUAAACCCAGAAAUCUUCAUUAAUAUCCUAAAUUAUUCUGGAAUCCCCUUUUGACUUCCAGAGCAUGCUAGUCAAUCAAGAAUAUAAGAUAUCUGUUGGGAUCCAAUGAUAAAACUUUACUGGAUCAUCGAAUAUUUCAUUGCAUCCGCCCAAACCCAAAAAUCUUCAUUGACACCCUAAAUAUUUCAAUCAAGGAUGCGCUUUGCCUUAGAUGACUCACGGAUGGAAGCCUUAAUGAACCUUGGUCGACCCUCUGGAGGAACAGUAUGAUGUCAGAUAGUCAACCAAUCAGAAAACCUUACUAUUUCGCCGAAUAAAGUCAAACCCAGACCUCACCAUCGAUAUCCCAAGCUGGUAAAUGCCGAGUAUUCCUUCUAGCGUUGACCCGGAAGCGACAUGAUCAGAAGGGAAUUCAAUCGUUCAGGAGCCAGUCGCCUUCAUGGGCGGCGUGUUCGCGGGACUCUUGAGGCUCGACUUGAAAGAGGAACCCCUCAAGGACUGGAUCGCGAAGACAGCGGAGGCGGCUGGAACCACCGUCGAAGAACUCACCGGAGAUCUGGAACCUGACGAGGAUUCUCCCCAAGAGAUUGAGAUCGAGUGA